AUACUAAAGCAGUGAAGUGCCACGCCUCCCCGGCUGUCCUCGCUCGCUGAAGGGACGCGAGACUUGUCACCAAGUGUCGGUCAGUCUGAUAUUUCGUUGAAAACCUGCGCAAACUUGAACCAAACAUGGCCAAGCCGCUGACAGACCAGGACAAGAGGAAACAGAUAUCCGUCCGCGGACUCGCCGGGGUUGAAAAUGUGGCAGACUUAAAAACUAAUUUCAACCGGCACCUUCAUUUCACCCUGGUGAAGGACAGGAAUGUGGCCACCAAGCGAGACUACUACUUCGCCCUGGCCAACACGGUCCGGGACCACCUGGUGGGCCGCUGGAUCCGGACGCAGCAGCACUACUAUGAGAAAGACCCCAAACGCGUCUACUACCUCUCCUUAGAGUUCUACAUGGGCCGGACCCUGCAGAACACCAUGGUGAACUUGGCUUUGGAGAACGCCUGCGACGAAGCCACGUACCAGCUUGGUUUGGACAUGGAGGAGCUGCAGGACAUUGAGGAAGACGCCGGCCUCGGUAACGGAGGCCUGGGGCGUCUGGCCGCUUGUUUCUUGGACUCCAUGGCAUCUCUGGGUCUGGCUGCUUAUGGGUAUGGCAUUCGCUAUGAGUUUGGCAUCUUUAACCAGAAGAUUGUCAACGGCUGGCAGGUGGAGGAGGCUGACGACUGGCUGCGCUACGGCAACCCCUGGGAGAAGGCCCGGCCAGAAUACAUGCGGCCAGUCCACUUCUAUGGCCGAGUGGAACACACAGAUGAGGGAGUCAAAUGGGUUGAUACUCAGGUGGUUCUGGCUCUUCCCUACGACACGCCGGUCCCAGGCUACAGGAACAAUGUGGUCAACACCAUGAGGCUGUGGUCUGCUAAAGCUCCGUGUGACUUCAACCUCAAAGACUUUAAUGUCGGCGGCUACAUCCAAGCAGUUCUGGAUAGGAACUUGGCUGAGAACAUCUCCAGGGUUCUGUAUCCUAAUGACAAUUUCUUCGAGGGCAAGGAGCUGCGUCUGAAGCAGGAGUACUUUGUUGUGGCCGCCACCCUGCAGGACAUCAUCCGUCGAUUUAAAGCCUCUAAGUUUGGCUCAACUGAGUUUGUGAGGAUGGAUCUGUCUUCUUUACCAGACAAGGUGGCAAUCCAGCUGAAUGACACCCACCCAGCCUUGGCCAUCCCAGAGCUCAUGAGGAUUCUUGUGGACGUGGAGAAACUUUCCUGGGAGAAGGCCUGGGACAUUACGGUGCGCACCUGUGCCUACACCAACCACACCGUCCUGCCUGAAGCUCUGGAGCGCUGGCCUGUCGAUCUUUUCCAAAACCUGCUGCCGCGGCACUUACAGAUCAUCUAUGAGAUCAACAGGAGGCAUCUGGAGCGCAUCACCAAACUUUAUCCCGGUGAUGUCGACCGCAUGCGGCGGAUGUCUCUGAUUGAAGAGGGCGACGUGAAGAAGAUCAACAUGGCUCACUUGUGCAUCGUUGGCUCUCACGCCGUCAAUGGCGUGGCCCGCAUCCACUCUGAGAUCAUCAAAGACACGGUGUUUAAGGAUUUUUAUGAAGCUGAUCCUCAGAAGUUUCAGAACAAGACCAACGGCAUCACUCCCAGACGCUGGCUGGUCAUGUGCAACCCUGGCCUGGCUGAGGUCAUCGCUGAGAGAAUUGGGGAGGACUACAUCCGUGAUCUGGACCAGCUGAAGAAGUUACUGAAGUUUGUGGACGAUGAUGCUUUCAUUAGGGAUGUAGCCAAAGUCAAGCAGGAGAACAAGAUGAAAUUUGCCGCUCAUCUUGAAGAACACUACAAGGUCAAGAUCAACCCCAGCUCCAUGUUUGACGUCCAAGUGAAGAGGAUUCACGAGUACAAAAGGCAGCUGCUCAACUGUCUGCACAUCAUCACACUCUACAACCGGAUUAAGAAGGAACCCAGCAAGCAGUGGACCCCCAGAACCAUCAUGAUUGGAGGAAAGGCAGCUCCUGGCUACCACACAGCCAAGAUGAUCAUCAGGUUGAUCACAGCCAUCGGAGACAUAGUCAACAACGACCCAGUGGUGGGUGACCGACUCAAAGUCAUUUUCCUGGAGAACUAUCGCGUCACUCUGGCUGAGAAAGUCGUCCCAGCAGCAGAUCUGUCGGAGCAGAUCUCCACCGCCGGCACCGAGGCCUCAGGGACUGGCAACAUGAAGUUCAUGCUGAACGGCGCACUGACCAUUGGCACCAUGGAUGGAGCCAACGUGGAAAUGGCCGAGGAGGCCGGCGAGGAGAACCUUUUCAUCUUUGGCAUGAGGGUGCCAGACGUGGAGGCAAUGGACAAGAAGGGCUACGAUGCCAUGUCAUACUACAAACGCAUCCCUGAGCUGAAGCUGGCUGUGGACCAGGUGGCUGGAGGAUUCUUCAGUCCUGCUGAGCCCGGACUCUUCAAGGAUCUGGUCAGCUUGCUGAUGCACCACGACAGGUUCAAGGUGUUUGCUGACUAUGAAGCCUACAUCAAAUGUCAGGAGAAAGUCAGCGCACUCUACAAGAACCCUAAAGAGUGGACCAAGAUGGUGAUCCAUAACAUUGCUGGUUCUGGUAAAUUCUCCAGCGACAGGACCAUCUCUCAGUACGCCCGGGAGAUCUGGGGCAUGGAGCCCAGUCUGGAGAAGAUUGCCGCUCCUGAUGACCCUCGCUAGGAAGUCCACCACACCUCUGUGUGCGAAUGCACUCCUCGUAGCUGUGCACUGUGACCCAUAGUGCUCCAUCAUGUGUUAACGUUGAAGUGGCUGAUAGUUUCUUAACUUUUAGAUUUUAAUAAGCUUCAGUAGGAGGACCUUUAUUUUGUGAUAAUGACUGGUAGCAAAUGCAUUUCCUCCCAUCUUAAAGUCCUAUUCACCACCUUUUGUUUCUACUGUCUGAUCCUCCUGCGACCACAUGAAACCGAACCAAGUCUUCCACAGAUUCCGAUUGCUGUGCUUUGCUGUGUCCACCGCACAUUUGUCCGUCUCUGUUUUGGUGUUUGCUGAAUGUAACGUGACCGUGCAGCUCAGCAUGUGUGAGUCCAGAUGACCCAAGUUAGAAUGCAUUCGCCUUCUCCGCCUAAAGUGACUUGUGUGUGUGUGUUCUGUGUCGUAGUUAGUGUUUGGACUCUGGAUUUGUGGAGGAGCCAUGUACUGUUACAACAGGUGCUGCCACUGACCUCAACACUGGCAUUCGACAGUCCAGUGUGUCCUAGAGCAUUUCCAAAAUAAAUGUCUAUUUGCCGCUUCAAUAUCCUCCACGUGCUUUAACAAUAAAGAGUAUUUAAUAUCA